AUGAAAGCAAAGAAACGACCAGCACAUUUGAUUACCGCAGGAGAAAGAGAUUUACUAAGAGAAGAAUUUCUGGGCAUCAUGUACAGCAAUUUUUUGUCGGGUAAAGAUUCAGAAUUCUUUGAUUAUGAUACUGUUGAUAAGAAUGAAGAAUAUGAUGAUACGUUGGAAGUCGAACAAGAUUUUGAAGAUAAAUAUUUUGAAGGUGAUGAUUCAAAUGACUCGUCAAUUGCAGAUGAAAAUCAAGAAAUCAAUGAAGAAUCUGAGGAUGAACUCGACAUUUACAUGAAACAUUUAGAAAAUAAUUUAAAGCGAGAAGAAAAUGAAAAGUUUCACGAGGAAUUCGAUGAAUAA